GUAUCUAAUGUUCAAUCUGUUUACCUCCCGUGGAGCUUCAACCAGUUUUUAGCACAGACGAUAAAACAGGAGAUUAAGAACUUGUACAAUGCCAAGGUACGUAAAGUGGUUGUAAUGGGACUGGCUCCGAUAGGCUGUGCACCUUACUACUUAUGGCUAUACAGUAGCAAGAAUGGGGAGUGUGUCGAAACUAUAAAUGACAUGAUAUUGGAGUUCAACUUUGCUGUGAGAUAUAUGGUUUCUGAGCUCAAUGAGGAGCUUGUUGAUGCCAGUGUCAUAUUCUGUGAUGCAUUUGAAGGAUCUAUGGACAUAAUUCAGAAUCAUGAUCGUUAUGGUUUCAAUGUUACAGAUGAGGCUUGCUGUGGUUUAGGUGAAUAUAAAGGCUGGAUCAUGUGUGUUUCCCCUGAUAUGGCCUGCAAUAACGCCUCGAGCCACAUCUGGUGGGAUCAGUUUCAUCCAACUGAUGCUGUGAACGGGAUCCUUGCUGACAACGUCUGGUCCAGUCUACAUACACCUAUGUGCUACCCAAUGAACUUGCAGGACAUGUUAGCUCAAAGCACCAAAUAGUUAGACCUAGAGACAUUUCAAUUUCUGACUAUAUGACAUCUGUAUAGAAAUUUUCUUGUGCUGACUGAAUAGAUGUGGUAUAGCUGGUAUAUCAUUCUUUGUAUGAUCCAAUUUUUUGGUAUUAAAUGUAGCUUGUCAUGUUUCUACUAUGACUAAACUUGUUAUUGAAGUCUAAUAUUUGUCUGAA